CCAGCGCGCUUCGUCGAUAUACGGGGUUUGAGGAGCGGCGGCGCAGUCAAGCUGAUACGUUUUGCAGACAUCCCCCAGGGAGAUGUAAUUUCCUAUGUGACUUUAAGUCACUGCUGGGGUGGAGUGGUCCCUCUUCGUACUCUGAAGGCGAACCUGCGGGACCACCUGAAGAAGAUUCCCAAGUCGUCCAUCCCGCGCACCUUCUCAAACGCCAUCAUUCUCGCUCAAGCCCUCGGUAUCGGCUUCCUAUGGAUCGACUCCCUCUGCAUCGUCCAGGACGACCCCUCCGACUGGGAGACCGAGGCCUCCAAGAUGCACACCAUCUACCGAGGCGCCGUGCUAGCCAUCGCAGCAACCUCCUCCAAGUCUUCAAAUGACGGGCCCGACCUGUCCACGUACCAGAGCCUGCCGAUCCACACCCGCGGCUGGAUCUUCCAGGAACGGCUGCUCUCCCCGCGGAUCCUGCACGUCAUGGACGACGAGUUCAUCUGGCAGUGCCACGCGCUCCUGGACACGGAGAGCGGACGCUGCCUGCGCGAGCGCGGAACCGGCCGCAACGACGAGUAUCAGUGGGAGCCGCUCAGCGCCGUCUACACCGUCCCUCGACCGCCGCCGCGCGGCGACGAGAAUCCUGGGUUUGCGACGGAUCGGCUCUGGUGGACGUGGGUGCAGAGCUACACCGACCGGAAGCUGACCUACCCCACGGAUAUCUUCCCCGCGUUUGGCGGUAUGGUGAAGCAGUUCGCCGAGCUGAGCGGCGAUGAGCCCGUGCUGGGUCUGUGGCGGAGGGAGCUGCCGCUGCAUCUGAGCUGGAGCACCCACACGUUGGGAUGCGCGCCCGGCGCCGGCACCGUGGCGCGGAUACCGGCUGAGUUGCGUGCUCUAACGGAGGCAUUGCCGAGUUGGACGUGGAUGAGCAUG